CGUCGCAGUUCCCAUCCAUGACACGCCACGCCCUGUCUGCUUCUUCGCUUCUACUCCAGCCCAGUCCGCUAUUAAGUGCAGCGUGUAGUGCUGUGGCGCACAGCUUCUAGUCCAGAAAGAGAGAGAGAGAGUCUACAGAGCCCUCCCGAUGGCCACCGACGAUGGGCUCUGGUCAUCGCUCCUCCCGCCGCCGCCGCAGCGCCCACAACGAAUCACCAGCGCCGCGGCGGCCUGGAUCGCGCUCUCCGUCGCGGCAGCGCUCGCGCUCCUCCUCCUCCUCCUCCUGGUCGCCGGCUUCGGCCUCCCCAGCGCCAGCCGCAGCACGAGCCGCCGCGGGCACCCCGGCUCCUCGCCGCCGGACCCCGUGGAGCUCACCCUCUUGGCCGCCGCUCACGACAAGGGCGCCGUUUGCCUGGACGGGAGCCCGCCGGGGUACCACCUGCAGCCGGGCUCCGGCGCCGGAUCGCGCAGCUGGCUCAUCCAUCUCGAGGGGGGAGGCUGGUGCGACACCGUGCGCAGCUGCGCCGGCCGCACCCUGACCGACUUCGGUUCAUCCAAGUUCAUGCAGAGACAGAUCAACUUCACCGGGAUUCUUAGCAACGAUCCGGUACUGAACCCCGAUUUCUACAGCUGGAACAGAGUGUUUGUUCGAUACUGCGACGGGGCAUCGUUCGCUGGGGAUUCCCAACACGAGGAUGGAAACGGCACGCUCUUCUUCAGAGGCCGGCGCAUCUGGGAGGCGGUCCUUGACGAGCUCAUGCAGAAAGGGCUCGCCCAUUCCAAACAGGCCUUGCUGACGGGAUGCUCUGCUGGUGGUCUGGCUACGCUGCUGCACUGCAACAAUUUCCGUGCGCGGUUUCCUCAGGAGGUUUCGGUGAAGUGCCUCCCGGAUGCCGGAUUCUUCCUUGACGCAAAGGAUUUGUCAGGGCAGCGGCACAUGCGGUCUGUGUACAAUGGAGUCGUUCACCUUCAGAAUGUUACUAAAGUUCUGCCCAAGGACUGCCUCCUAGCGAACAAGGAUCCGACAGAGUGUUUCUUUCCUGCGGAGAUUAUCAAGAGCAUCAGCACGCCCACGUUUAUCGUAAACUCUGCUUACGACACUUGGCAGGUACAGAAUGUUGUUGCGACAGACAGCUCCUCUCCUGAUGAGUCAUGGCGCCGCUGCAGAGCUGACAUUCGCAGCUGCAACUCCUCACAGAUACAAGUGCUCAAUGAAUUCAGGAAGGAAAUGGUGGAUGGCCUCACGGCUGUCGAGGACAACACCAACUGCAGCUGGUUCAUCGAUUCAUGCUUCACCCACUGCCAGGCAUGGUUCGAUAACUCACCAUGGAACCAUCCAGUCUCCCCAAGGCUAGGAAACAAGACACUGGUGGAGGCUGUUGGGGACUGGUACUUUGGUAGGAGCCAAAACCAGGUGGUGAGAGAGAUUGGCUGCGAGUAUCCUUGCAACCCCACAUGCAACAGCGACAAGUUUCCAACUUAAUUUAUGAUGGAGCUGUGUGCUGCGGCAGUGGCGUAGCGAAUUUAACUUAUGGUAUUCAUUGUAAAGUUAAAAAAAAGAGUAAAUUUCCCCGGUGCUGUUUAAACUUAUCUCGAGUUCUAAUCUCACUUAAAUAUUUAGUAGAUGAGAGCCCGGGGCAAGUUUAUGAA